AUGAUCCAAGUGGAUAACUUCAAGCGGUCGUCACCUUCACCCUCGCGAUGUUCAGUGCGCAGCGACAGCCGCGUGUUUCGCCAGCCCCGGGUCAUACAGGUGAAUCGCGACGCCGCCACUAUGAUGGAUGACGAAGCCAACGCCGUCGAGGGGCCCAGCAGCUCCGAGGACACUGGCGUCACGCCCAACUGGGAUUCACGUUUAGGCCAUCAUGGGACACAGUUCCGUUCGCGUACCUUUAGCGACGGUUUUAUCAGAAACACAAGUCUUGAACUUCUCCUCGGCGUAGAAUGUGAGGCGUGUCUCGCACUCGCGGCUCAGCGUCAAUGUUUCAAUAAGCAAAUGUCUGAACACGAAUUUGAUUUGGUUUGUAACUGUAACGUGCAACAAAACAACUAUCUGAAUUAUCGUCGAGAUGUAGUAAAGCAAAGAGGACACACACUAAAUAUCUACGAUUUAGAAAGAAUUAAAAGAGACACCGGACGUAGCCACCUCGCGAGUGGAUCACACCGAAGUUUGGACAGAAAGCAUAGUAAAGCGCGGACCAUCGGGGUCUCAAAUUACAUCUCCAAGCAACUUAUAGCUUACGACCAAACAAAUACUUUAAUGCAAAAACUAAAAAGAAAGUUAUCCAAUCUGAAAAAAAUAGGCGGCGAGGCAAUAACAAAGAAACAUCAAAACGCGGUCCAACUGGCCGAGAUAACGUCGGCCUCGUCGAGCUCUCUCAAGAAACUAUCCAUGUUGUCUCUCGUUGAGAAGUCACAGCGGAAAAGUAACAGUCAAAGCGGAACGUUUUCAUCUUCGAGUAUGCAAUCGAAGGAUGAUCUAAAAAACUUUACAACCUACGCGAACUUUUCCUCGAAUGUGGAUCAAUGUUUUGAUAGAUUGAGAGAUUACAGCGACAGCGCUGAAACUAGUUCUGGUGGACAUAAAGUUUUGAAACUUAAAAAGUUUGAUUUAAACAACGAUAUUGUAUCCAGACAAUCUCCUGUUAGAGAGGUGAAGAAAUUCUCUACUCUAGAUAAUCGUAGUAGAUGCAGAAGUAUAAGAAGACAGAUGUCUUACAACGACUUUGCAAGUGAACGGUUUAGAGACAGGGUCACAGCGGAUUCUUGGUCGAGGGACGAUAAUGUGUUCGACUCGAGAAGUGCCAGUAAUGAUAUAAUCAUAAACGACGAUGGCCAGUCUUUUGUGAGCAUCGACAGGGGCUGCAGGAAUGUGCCGCGGCCUGUGCAGGCGCAAUGUACUUGCGAUUCGCGGCGAGACAAUAGGAUUCCUUCUAUAUUUUAUGAUACACACGGAAAAAAACGUACGGCGCCCGCUCCGGAUGUGACGGAGCGUGGUCAGAACGGGCGGGGUGCGGCGUGCGUCGCCUGCAAGGCGGGCCAGUGGCUGCCAACCGGGACCACCUCGACCACUAGCCACAGCUCAACAACCACUGCCAACUCUUCACGGUUCUCAGUAUGGCAUCGUCGAUGGUGUUGCGUUGCGAUCUUGGUGCUAGUAGCGGGUACUGCAUGUGUGGCCGGGCCGCUGGCGCUGCGGGCCCCGCCUGGCGCGCCCCUGCAUGAAAGACUACGCCUCGCUGAGCGGCUGCUACACGACACUCCAUUGAUAGACGGACACAAUGACUUACCUUGGAACAUACGAAAGUUUCUUCAUAAUCGAAUCAAAGAUUUCAGGUUUGACGAGGAUCUAAGAACUAUAGCGCCGUGGGCCACGAGCUCUUGGAGUCAUACGGAUCUGCCGAGACUCAAGCAAGGAAGAAUUUCAGCACAAUUCUGGGCAGCGUACGUGCCGUGCGACGCGCAGCACCGGGACGCCGUGCAACUGACCUUCGAGCAAAUAGACCUCAUACAGAGACUCACCGACAAGUACCAUCCACAACUCACGCUCUGCACGUCUGCUGAUGACAUAAUAGCUGCGCACACGAACCAUCGCCUCUGUUCGCUUGUGGGUGUGGAAGGUGGGCAUGCAAUCGGGGGCUCCCUCGGCGUGCUGCGAACCCUGUACCAAGUGGGCGUGCGCUACCUCACGCUGACGUCCACCUGCGACACUCCGUGGGCAGAGUGCGCCUCCGCCGACCGCACUGAUCCCUCACAAAGAGGUGGACUUACUCCCUUUGGCAAAGUGAUCGUGAAAGAGAUGAACCGCCUUGGCAUGCUGGUGGACCUCUCCCACGUAUCUGAACGCACGAUGCGCGACGCGCUGGCUGUGUCUCGUGCGCCCGUUCUCUUCUCGCACUCGUCAGCCCGAGCGCUCUGCAACGUGACACGCAACGUGCCCGACAGCGUGCUUCGCAUGCUCGCCAACAACAAAGGCCUCAUUAUGGUCAACUUCUAUACCUCAUUUCUCACCUGCAGCGAGUCUGCUACCGUGCAGGAUGCCAUAGCGCAUAUAAAUCACAUUCGUAGCAUAGCCGGCGUAGACAGCGUAGGCCUCGGCGCCGGUUACGAUGGAAUUAACUAUACACCGCAAGGUUUGGAGGACGUGUCGACGUACCCCAUGCUGUUCGCGGAACUGAUGGAAGACGGUUGGAGUAUAGAGGAGCUGAGGAAGCUUGCUGGACUGAACCUGCUGAGAGUGCUGGCGGCAGCGGAGCGUGUGGCGCGCGACCUCGCCGCCGACCACCUCGCACCUUAUGAGGACCCCUCGCCGCGCACACCAGACCCACACAACUGCUCUAGUCAAGAUUUAUAAAACCUUUUAAAAAGUAGUCGAAGCGAUCACACCGACUGCACAAGUGUAUCCCAAGCUUUAAUAUUUUACUAUACAUUUUUAUUAUCGAGUA